UACUCCCGCGCACAAGCCUAAAUGCGACCGAUGUCAAUUAAACAACAAAAAAAACAACAACAUUGCAAAUAAAAUCGAAACUACCUCAAUGAACAAGAAAUAAGCAGAAACCCGCCAUACCCGAACCUCUACCAUACACCUUUCCUCAAUCCGACCGAUCUAAUCGACGAUAAAGCCCGUCCUGUUUGCGGCCUCGCCGUUCUUUGUUGCGGGGUUCGUGGCCGCAUUCCAGUCAACCCACACCGCACACGUAAGAGGGGGUAACACAUACACUACGAGCUACAAUCGGAAGAUGAGAAGAAAGAAAGAGAAAUAUGGUCUAAACUAGGGCUAGAUAUGGACGUGGGAAUGUGCGCAUUAUGAUGUUCGAUUAGGAGCUACCUGCUUGGGUAGGUAAGUAAUUAAGACAUUCGAGCGUUUACAAGCGCGUUCUCGGACAAGAUGUCUGAGCUUCCCAAUGGCAUUUGCUAGCGGAGGUCGUGGAUCGUGGAACCGAUCGCGAUAUAUCUCGAAUAUCCACCUACCUACCUAAUUACCUAGGUAUCUACCCCUUGACCACCCUACUUCGUCCACAUAUUUUGUCCUUUCUUGUUGAGAUAGCUAGCCCAGAAGGGUCCUCCAUAACGUCAACUCCAGUAUAAACAUCACCGCGCCUCUGCUUGGGGACUCUACCUACCUGGGUAAGGACCUAGGUAGGUAUAACGUAUCGCAACCAUGGCUAGACGGAGUUACGCCGGGAGUUUCGUGGAUCGUGGCGGACCAAUAUAUACCCCGCCGGCUGGUGAAUCUUUACUCGACUUUAUUGCUUGGGAAGAACUCGACGAACCUUCUGUAGGUGGCAGAUCGAAUGCUGUAGAAUCCGAAAAUGCCUCGCCGGCUGAACCGCAGCCGACGAAUACAGGCCGAUUGAAGUUGAAAAAUCUCCCCAACUUAUACAAUAUUGUUGAUUGGAUUAUGGGCCGGAAUCUGGCAUCACAAGAGUAUGAACCAACUAAAUGCUGUGUAGGGAAGGACAAGGGCAAAGUAAGAGAUGAAUACGAUGAAUAUCCCUACCCUAGCGAACACCGAAUCGUGGAAGACGAUUUCGUCGAUAUCGGGGACGUUCGGGACAUAUGCCCUGCUUGCGCGACGCCGUAUUGUCAAGCCGUCGAGUCGCUACCGUUCAAGAGCAGCCUUAGACUUGGAUACAACGACCCGGAGACGCAUACCUGGCUUAUUGGCGAUAAGUACAUCAUGACAGAGACUGUAGACGAGGUGGGGCCGAACGAGUCGGAUGCGACGUUCACAGCGUCAGCUAGGGUAGCGCAGCGCAUGUCGGAGGCGCCAGUGCCGAAGGUGAUUGCAGGGUGGAAGGAAAACGGAAAAGCAAUCACGAUUACGGAGAAGGCUCCAGGGCGGCGGUUGUAUGACAUCUGGUGGGAAUUGCGGGACAAGGACAAGCACCGAAUAGCGGUGGAAGUUGCGCGCUACGUACAAGGGUGGCGGCUUCUCGCGGCGACAGGCAUCAAAAAUCCCCAUGAUGGUCCGGUUCGACGUUGCAAAAAUCUAUUUGGCAUGUUAGGGAAAGAGGUUGGGCCAUUUGACUCCGACGACGAAUUUUGGGAUGCAAUUCAUCGCCGACUGAGGAGUCGCAACGUCGACGAGAACGUAAUUCGGACGUUGAAGGAUUAUAUGCCAGAUUCAGCGCCUUGCCUAUUCACGCAUGGUGAUUUAUCAACCGCUAAUAUUAUGAUUGACAAUGGUAGGGUGUCCGCCUUCUUGGGUUUCGAAACCGCUGCGUACCUUCCAGUGUGGGCCGAGUACGUGUCCGUGCACUUUUGCUGCUGUAAAGAGGACGAACAGUGGAAAGCGAUUCUCAGUACGUACCUUGAGAGCUACCCAAGAGCGAAAGACUGGUGGGCACUAUGGUCGGCGGUGGAUACUAAGGCACCGAACAAGAAGCGUGUCGCCACACUACUGGCCCGCUGUCGGCGAUGGCAGAAACCACCAAGAGAGAAACGACCGUACGAUCCUGCGGCUUCCGACUAUGAAAGAAUACAAAGCCCCGUCUCUCAACUGGCAAUUUCCAGGCCGCCGCCGCAAGUACAGUCAUCCCAUGCUAAUAGCCUCCCAUUUAGAACGGGCAGCGACCCGUCCAGAACUUCGCUUGGGAUGAGGUAUCUGGAUGGUAGGGAAUAUUCCGGAUCCCUAGAUGAUCCACACUGGCAGGUAGCGAUCCACUCUCCAACGGGAAGAGUUGGAAUGGAAACAGAAAGCAGGGAGGGGGAUUUCUUGAGGUUGACAGAGGAGCAGUUGAGAGCCCAGGGGGUGAACAUAGGAGAGUACUGGAGGGCACAAGCGGAAAUCACCGCCGACUAUAGAGCACAAGAUCGAGCUAGGCGUGUAAAUAUCGAAAAAUGGCUUACAGAAAGUGUAAGGGGGAGGAAUGCUAUGCGACCACUUCUACUUGCGAAAAGAACCGGAGAAGGGGAGAAACCUACCCAAGCAAAGGAACCCCCAUGGCGGGAGAGGCAGAGAUCUUUUGAGAGGCGGGGUAAUGAGUCUAGAGGGCUCAGACCCUUCAGCCUGCCUUUGUCCCACGUAUCAGAAACCAUCAAGAAGGACUUACGAGAAGUUGACGCGAGUGAUGACAAGGAUAAAAGCGUUAGGGGCGAGAGUGAGGAUGGAGAGGGUAGUCGUGAGCAGUCCAUCGAAAAAGCACUACGCGCUUUAGAGUCUGGACGAGACGACGCCGCCGCCGCCACCAAUACUACCCUACCGCAGCAGAGUCAGUCAGGUGGUGAGGGGCGCAGCCCACCGCUCGAGCGGAAGCGAACAUCGAUCUUCCGCGAAAGAAACAGGCCAGGGUCACUGUACCUCGCCCUUUCCAAUACGGCGGCGGAGGGGAGAAACAGACGGUACCGAGACAGCCAGUCCGAGGAGCGCGUUUUAAUGGUUGAGGAUAACGAAGAGACCUAUUGAUCUGCGACGCUAAGGGCCGCGAAGAUAGACCCCACAGAUCCGUAGGGCAAAACGAGGCAACCUCAGCGGUGGAUGCCUAGUCAUUACUUUUCAGAGAUACAGAUGGCCAAGCAUCCUGGGUUGGUAACUCUGUCUCCAAGUUGUCCAUCCAGGUGUGGAA